AUGUCCUUGGAGAAGACAAGCUUUACCGCAGAUCAAGGGCGGCAACAGCCAUCGAAAGUGCACAAGAGCAUACCAAUCGAUCCACAGCGACAGACGCGGCUGUUGGAUCUGCUUCACGGAGCUGUCAGUGAUCCAAUAGUCUGCAGAUUGGUCAGACAUGAUUUAAAACCUAUAACCGACGAAGCAUCCCACGCAGCAGCCAACUACGAUGCUCUAUCGUACGUUUGGGGCCAUGGCGAAGAGCCCGAAAAGAUUUGCGUGAACGGCAUCGACGACUACAAGAUAACACCGAAUCUGGCCAAGGCCCUUCGCAAUCUCAGACAGCCAACCGGAGAGUGUCGAUUGUGGGUGGACCAGAUUUGCAUCGACCAGCAGAACAAAGACGAGAAGACGCCACAGCUUAGACUGCUUGCUAAGAUCUAUGGGCAAGCUCGCAACGUGCUGGUAUGGCUAGGAGAGCCCAGUCCUGGUGUGGAUCUUUCAUUCGUUCGGUCAGAAAAGGAGGCUAGCUUGUGGGCUCUCCGCAAACUCAAGAAACAGUCCCAAGAUGUUGCUCGCGCCAUCAGCACCAGCAACGAGUAUGUCAGUCCUUGGUGGACGAGGUCCUGGGUGCUUGAGGAGUAUGCUCUGGCAUGGAAAGAUCCAGUGGCACUUCUGGGACGCGAAAGGAUCGCCUUCGAUGAUCUGAUUGGCAAUAUGCUGCCUUCGCUGGUAUUCGACAUGAUUCCUGUGCUCUACUUCUUCGGUGAUGGCAAGUCGGGCGAUAGUGCCUCGCAUUUGAUUAUGAUGACGAUAAUGAGGGAGCUGAAUUUCAAGCGCAGCUUUCUCUCAAUGGCAUUCUUGCUGCGGAAUACCGAGACAGAGAACCCGCAAGACAAGGUAUUCAGCAUUGUCACCUCGUUGCCUGAAAAGCAGCAGAAUUUGAUAUGCCGUGACCACGACGCUCCGGAAUCGACCGUGUUUUCGAAAGCUACGAUUGCAGACAUUGAAGCAAGUGGCACCCUGGCGAUAUUGGGAUUGGUGUCUAGAGGUCCAUCAACACCACGAGACUAUCCCUCGUGGGCAGUGGACUUCACCUUCCGACAGAAGGGCGAAUCGACGAAAUAUAGGCCACCGAAAUUCUCUGCUUUCCAAUUCCAGUUGAAGCUGGGCAAAGGUCUUGUGGAAAGGAAUGCCAAAAUGCUCGCAGCGAUUGCAUCCUGUGUGACUUCUGCCAUUUUCAGACAGGACGACAGCUGGAGAGGCUGGACCACGCUCCAGCCUGGCAAAACGGCUUCCUGGUCUGUCGAUGAUCGCUGCCAGCGGCUGAAUUUGGCCGGUCUGAAAUUCGACACGAUCGGCUCUGUAACCCAAUUGGACGAUCCACAUUCGGCGACAAGCAAUGCUUUUCAUACGAUCUCUCAGACCAUGCUGGGCUCGCACACCAACAAGCUGAUGGCGUUCCUGGAUCGGAAGGCACUCAGCGAGUCGGAGAGAAGGGUCUUUGACUUCAUCAAAUACUGCUCUGGUGCGUAUGGACGUCUGGGAGCAACUCCCGCCACUCCUUCAUCAACCCAGAAGAUCGCACAGAAGAUCGCCGAGGGUCCCAUUAGCACCGGUGCGGUGCUUGCACUUUUCAAAGAAUGGGACAGGCUUAUCAGACCAUGGAACGCCAAAUCCUUGCGUGAGAGCGCACCCGGCGCGUUCAAACGCCUCGAGAAGAUUGAAAACGACAACGACAGCUCGCUUGCAGACUUCAUUGGCGAAAUCUUGCGGUCGUUUCGAGCCAUGUUGUUCGCGUCCAUGCACCUGACCGAGUGUUUUAAGGAAGCUGCUUUCUUCAUCACCAAGGCUGGCUUUCUUGGGGUUGGACCGCCGGAUAUCGUCAACGAUGAUGAGGUUGUUCUUCCAUUUGGCAGUCGCUAUCCGAUGAUCGUGCGUCGGAAUGGAGCCAAUGCUUGGCAUUUCAUGGGCUUGGUCUACGUUCGUGGGAUCAUGGAUGACGAGCUGGUAGAUUGUUGUCAAAGGACCAUGUUCGAAGAAAAGAUGUACACGUUGGUGUAG